AUGAAGACAGCUUUAGCAGUUUCGAUUUUGAUAACGAUAUUAAACUUCAAGCUUUACAGCUGUGUGACUUCACAUGAAUCGGAAGUAGAAGAGUUCAAAUAUAUAGCAUCUCCAAUAGACCUAACAGAUCAAAAUUUCACAGAAGCUUUAAAGAAUGACAACUAUUUAGUAAUGUUCUACUGGCCAAAGAUUGAAAUAUCAGAUGAAAUGCUACAUACAGUUAAUUUACUGUCAGAAAUCUAUAAUGUGGGAAGCAACACAAACUUAAAAAUUGCUUCUGUUGACUGUGAAGAAAACAAUCAAACUUGUGUUGAUAAUGGAAUUGUUGGAAAACAUGUUGAAGAUAUUUUUGGAAGUUUUGUUCUUAAAUUAUUCAAGAUCAAUGAAAUUAAUGCUAUAACUUACACUGAAGACGAUACUUACAUACAUUAUGUUCUUGAGUUUAUCAAAGACCACUUAAAUUUCCCUGAAUCUGAUAAUUCUGGCGUUGUUGAGCUUACAGAUCAAAACUUUAAGGAUUUAACUUUAAACGGAAGCUGGUUUGUCGAUUUUUACUUCCCUUGGUGCAUUCAUGCUAAGAACCUCGAACCAACUUGGAAUAAAUUACCAUCCGUUUUGGAACAAAACUCAUCAGUUCGUAUUGGAAAAAUAGAUUGUGUAGAAUAUCAAAAGACAACCUGCAAAAAAUACAUGAUCCGUAACUCUCCAACAAUAUUAUGGCUUGAAAAUGGAAAUAUAAUUGACAGAUAUCAGGGACAACGUUCAGUUAAACUUUUUAAAGAUUAUAUUGAAAGUUAAAUGACUUAGUUUUUC